UCCGCGGGAAACCAAAAUGGCGAAGGGCUGUAGCGAAGUGGCUUGUGUUGGAGGCCGGUAGAAGAACGCUCAGUCUCCUCCCAACCCUCGUCCCCUGCACCUCGGUUUUGUGCGAUCGCAUGUGCGGGGUGCCCGGCGGGGUCGGUGCCCAGUCAGCGCUCGAACUCGCAGGGGGGGAGAGCGCCCACAGGGACGUGAUCGCUGGUGGCUGUUGAUUUUUUUUUUUCCUGUAUGAAGCGGUUGGCACCACUGAAGUGACCGAAUGAGAGACUCUACAGGGGCAGGUAAUUCACUGGUCCACAAGCGGUCUCCUUUACGUCGAAGCCAAAAGACCUCAGCAUCCUUGAGCAAGCUGUCUUUACAGGAUGGGCAUAAAGUCAAAAAGCCAGCAUGUAAAUUUGAAGAGGGUCAGGAUGUCCUAGCUAGAUGGUCAGAUGGCUUGUUUUAUCUUGGCACUAUCAAAAAGAUAAACAUAUUGAAACAGAGCUGCUUCAUCAUAUUUGAAGACAGCUCUAAAUCCUGGGUUCUCUGGAAGGACAUUCAAACAGGAGCCACUGGAAGUGGGGAAAUGGUCUGUACAAUAUGUCAAGAAGAGUAUUCAGAAGCUCCCAAUGAAAUGGUUAUAUGUGAUAAGUGUGGCCAAGGAUAUCAUCAGUUGUGUCACACACCUCAUAUUGAUUCCAGUGUGAUUGAUUCAGAUGAAAAAUGGCUCUGUCGACAGUGUGUUUUUGCAACAACAACAAAGAGGGGUGGUGCGCUUAAGAAAGGACCUAAUGCCAAAGCAUUGCAAGUCAUGAAGCAAACAUUACCCUAUAGUGUGGCAGACCUUGAAUGGGAUGCAGGUCAUAAAACCAAUGUCCAGCAAUGUUACUGCUAUUGUGGAGGUCCUGGAGACUGGUAUUUAAAGAUGCUACAGUGCUGCAAGUGUAAGCAGUGGUUUCAUGAGGCUUGUGUGCAAUGCCUUCAAAAGCCAAUGCUAUUUGGAGACAGAUUUUAUACAUUUAUUUGCUCUGUCUGUAGUUCUGGACCAGAAUACCUCAAACGUCUACCAUUACAGUGGGUAGAUAUAGCACACCUAUGCCUUUACAACCUAAGUGUUAUUCACAAGAAGAAAUACUUUGAUUCUGAACUUGAGCUUAUGACAUACAUUAAUGAAAACUGGGAUAGAUUGCACCCUGGAGAGCUGGCAGACACACCAAAAUCUGAAAGAUAUGAGCAUGUUCUGGAAGCAUUAAAUGAUUACAAGACCAUGUUUAUGUCUGGGAAGGAAAUAAAGAAGAAGAAGCAUUUGUUUGGGUUGCGAAUACGUGUUCCUCCUGUGCCACCAAAUGUGGCUUUCAAAGCAGAGAAAGAACCUGAAGGAACAUCUCAUGAAUUUAAAAUUAAAGGCAGAAAGGCAUCCAAACCUAUAUCUGAUUCAAGGGAAGUAAGCAAUGGCCUAGAAAAAAAAGGAAAGAAAAAAUCUGUAGGUCGCCCACCUGGCCCAUACACAAGAAAAAUGAUUCAGAAAACUGCUGAGCCACCUUUGGAUAAGGAAUCAGUUUCAGAAAAUCCUACCUUGGAUUUACCUUGUUCUAUGGGGAGAACUGAGGGAACUGCACAUUCAUCUAAUACCUCAGAUGUGGAUUUCACGGGUGCUUCCAGUGCAAAAGAAACUACCUCGUCUAGCAUUUCCAGGCAUUAUGGAUUAUCUGACUCCAGAAAAAGAACUCGUACAGGAAGAUCUUGGCCUGCUGCAAUACCACAUUUAAGGAGGAGAAGGGGUCGUCUUCCAAGAAGAGCACUCCAGACUCAAAACUCAGAAAUUGUAAAAGAUGAUGAAGGCAAAGAAGAUUACCAAUUUGAUGAACUCAACACAGAGAUUCUGAAUAAUUUAGCAGAUCAGGAAUUACAACUCAAUCAUCUUAAAAACUCAAUUACCAGUUAUUUUGGUGCUGCAGGUAGAAUAGCAUGUGGUGAAAAAUACCGAGUGUUGGCUCGUCGGGUGACACUUGAUGGAAAGGUGCAGUAUCUUGUGGAAUGGGAAGGAGCAACUGCAUCCUGACUGUAGGACUGAACAUUAUGUUCACUGCACUCUCAUUUUCUGUAGGUAAAGUUCAAAGCCCUAAAGUAGUCUGGCUUUUACUAUCUUUCUUAAGAAAAAAAAAAAGUCAAAAAAAUUCACAAAAGGAGAUGAUGCUAGCCUUAACAUGUACUUGUCAAUGUUAUGGAUAUUGUCAUAAAAAGCUAUCUUUUAAAAAGCAGAACAGAGACUUAAUUUUUUAAAUCUUAAGAUUUGUAGAAUGUUUCUAGGAUAGAAUAUUAAAAAUGAUUCAAACCCAUGCAUGGUGUUAGAUAAUUUUUCUAAUUAUUCCAUUGAGUCAGUUUUUGUGAUUAGUGGUUACCAGAGAAAACUGAUCAUGUAGAUAGCACAAGUAUUUGGAGAAACAUUGUCUGUUGUUACCAAAAUGUUGGAAGAAAUUUAUUUCAAUACCUUUUAGAUUUCAUAAAGUGCAGUGUAUAUAAUGCCUACGAAAAGACUGUAAAAUAUUGAAAUUUUCUUUCAAACAAAGUGUAAAAAAUAUAUUGAGCCUGUAAAUUGCUCUGUGACUAGACUUCAUUGUCGUCUUAAUAUAUUCUUUGCAUGUGCAUAUAUAUACAUAUGUGUAUAUAUAUGUGUGUGAUUAUGUGACCUAUGCAAUACAAAUUAUGGGAAUGGGCAGCUUUGGAGUAUAUAUCCCAUAAUUCUCUUUCAGGAAUAGUUGCAGUAUUUACACAGCAGCAUUUCUUCUCAGGCUUUUAUUGGGUGCUGUUGCUUGCUAUGUAUGAAGAGAAAUGUGUCAGGCAAGUUUAGUGUGUUCUGAAGAAGGGUGUGAACAACAGUUGUUCAUGGGCUUUUAGAAUGCUUUUCACUUUCAGUCCUUGUAACUCCGCUGUUCAGUACCUAAAGCAUUUGAGUAAUAUGAACAUUAUCUCCUACUAGAAAUAACAUUUUCAAGUUUUCAUGACACAUUAUGAUUGUAAAUGUCUCUAGGUUUUAACAGUAAGUCUUAUAGGAGUCCCGUGAAGAUUCCUGAAAUGUCUGUAGUGACUGUUAGUCAUGUUGAAUAAGUGUAGUAUGAACAAAGUAUUUUAUUGCACAGGGUUCAAAACAGCGUGGCCUGAGGAGUCUACUGCUGUUUUAUUACAACAUUACCUCUUGUUUUUAUAAAAUGUACCAAGAUUUAAAUUGAUAACUUUAUUUUACAUGUUUUGUUUUGUUUU